GAACUUCAAUCUUUCAAAAUCAAUGGCUUCAGUUGCCAGGUUUCGAAUACUGAACUCAUGUAAUCGUCGCAUUUUGUUUUCAAUUUAUCAAAUUCAAGCUCGUCAUUUUUCAUCAAUCCUAAAUCCGGACUCCACCACUCCUCUCUCCAGCAAAGAGAAAUCACGGGCCGCUCUUUCUCUCCUCAAAUUCGAGAAAAACCCAGAACGGAUUAUUGAGAUCUGCCGAGCAGCUUCACUCACGCCGGAAUCCCAUCUCGAUCGCCUUGCCUUUUCAAUCGCCAUUAAGAAGCUCACCGAAAUGAAUUACUUCGAGGGUAUCCGCAAUUUCAUUGACGAGUUGCUUAAAACCCGACCAGAUUUAAACAACGACAAGUUCAUCUCUGACGCUAUUGUUUAUUAUGGUCAAGCUGGGUUGUUGAACAAUGCAUUCCAACUGUUUGAUAAAAUGCCCCAACUGGGUGCUGCUCAAAAUGCAAAAUCUUUAAAUGCUCUGCUUUUUUCUUGUAUGUUGGCAAAAAAAUACGACGAGGUGAAGCGUGUUUAUCUUGAGUUUCCUGGGAAAUAUGGGGUGAAGCCUAAUCUUGACACUUACAAUACUGUGAUCAAGUCUUUUUGUGAGUCAGGUUCAGCGAGUUCAUGUUAUUCUGUGACUGCCGAGAUGGUUAGAAAGAAAUGUAAGCCAAAUGCAGCCUCCUUUGGUACCAUGAUUGCUGGGUUCUACAAAGAGGAAAAAUUUGAGGAGGUUGGGAAGGUGUUGGAAAUGAUGAAGAAGCAUGAAGUGCCUGUAGGGAUUGGAACAUAUAACAUUAGGAUUCAGAGCUUGUGUAAGCUUAAGAAGACCGAGGAAGCUAAGGCUUUGCUUGAUGGGCUUCUGUCAAGGGGUAUGAAGCCUAACUCAGUUACUUACUCUCAUUUGAUUCAUGGGUAUUGCAAGGAGGGUAUUUUGGAUGAGGCCAAGGACUUAUUCAGGAAGAUGAUCGGUGGUGGAUUUAAACCAGAUAGUGAUUGUUACUUUACACUGGUUCAUUAUCUAUGUAAAGGUGGUGAUUUCAAAACGGCAUUGGAGGUUUGCAAGAAGAGUAUAGAGAAGGAUUGGGUUCCCAAUUUCUCAACUAUGAAGUUACUUGUUGAAGGGCUUGCAAACGGUUCAGAGGUUAAUGAGGCAAAGGAGCUUAUUGGACAAAUGAAGGAGAAGUUUCCUAAGAAUGCUGGUAUCUGGGAUGAAGUAGAAGAGAAUUUACCCAAAUAGAGUAUACUUGACAUGGUAUGUGGAUGAUAAUAUGAUAUGUUCUUCAUGUUGCAAUGUACGAGUUAACAUCACUAGAUAUAACGUUUCUUUCUUUGCGAAAGUCUUUUGGAUGAAGUUUUCUGCCUAGUGUCACAAAAGUAAUCAAUGAAACCCAUGUGGGAAUGCUGCAACAUAUAUUCAUUCGGUUCAUGAACUGCUAGUCUUAGAUUUAAAUAAGCCAUGUUUCUCGGAAUGUACACAUUUUCAUUGCCAUUUGUGUACAAAUUUGAGUAUGCUUUUCAUCAACAAAUGUUUCUCGGAAUGUACACA